AUUGAAAAAGAGAUGCAGAGAAGCACCUCCAUUUCCUGGACAAUCGUCGAACACCUUGUGCGCAUACGAGCGAAGCCUCCAUCGUCCCAUCUCAUCGCUGUCCAAACCCUCACCACCUCCGAUCACGCUCUCCAUGACGACUUCUCAUCCGACGUCGAGAACAUCUACCGUAUCCUCCGCAAGUUCCACUCCCGACCCGACAAGCUCCACCUCGCCCUCCACGACUCCGGCGCUUCUCUCCGCCCAGGCCUCGUCGAGCGCGUCCUCAGCCGCUGCGGUGACGCCGGCGCUCUUGGCUUCCGCUUCUUCACCUGGGCUUCCAAACAACCCGACUAUCACCCCUCCCCAACGAUCUACAAAUCCGUAGUCAAGAUGCUCGGCAAAAUGCGCCAGUUCGGCGCCGCGUGGGCACUGGUCGACGAGAUGCGCCGCGAAACCCCAGACUUCAUUACCCCUGAAGUAUUCAUCGUUCUCAUGCGGAGGUUCGCUUCAUCCCGUAUGGUUAGUAAAGCAGUUGAGGUGCUCGACGAAAUGCCCAAGUAUGGGUGCGAGCCGGAUGAGUACGUGUUUGGCUGCCUUCUCGACGCGCUGUGCAAGAACGGAAGUGUUAAAGAGGCCUCGUCUCUCUUCGAGGACAUGCGCGACAGGUUCCCUCCAACUUUGAGGCAUUUCACUUCACUGCUCUAUGGCUGGUGCAAGGCCGGAAAACUCAUUGAAGCGAAGGUCGUUCUCGUGCGGAUGCGUGAGGCUGGCUUCGACCCUGAUAUUGUCGUCUAUAACACCUUACUGAGUGGCUUCGCCUCGGCGGGGAAGAUUGAGGAUGGAUAUGAUCUUCUUCGAGAAAUGCGUCGAAAAGGUUGUGAACCGAAUGCUGCAUCUUACACAACUCUGAUACAAGCAUUGUGUUCGAAAGACCGAAUGGAUGAAGCAAUGCAUGUGUUUGUGGAAAUGAGAAGAUGCAAUUGUGCUGCGGAUGUUGUCACCUAUGCUACAUUGAUCAGUGGGUUUUCGAAAGCCGGAAAGAUCGAUAAGGCGUAUGAGUUUAUCGACGAAAUGAUCGAACGAGGAUGCAAGCCGAAUGCUAGUGUGUACUUGAGUGUGUUCUUGGCGCUGGAGAAGAAGGAGAAUUUAGAAGAGUGUUUGGAGCUUAAGCUUAGGAUAGUGAAAGCGGGGUGUUUUCCUGAUCUUGGUGUGUAUAAUACUGUCAUUAGAUUGGCUUGCAAGAUUGGAGAGCUCAAGCAGGCAAUGGUUCUUUGGGAUGAAAUGGAGGCCAGUGGUCUCAGCCCGGGGCUUGAUACUUUUGUUAUAAUGAUUCAUGGAUUUCUUCAUCAGGGUUUGUUGAUUGAAGCCUGCAAGUACUUCAAGGAAAUGGUUGCAAGAGGACUUCUUUCAACCCCGCAUUAUGGAACAUUGAAAGAUCUUCUGAAUUCUUUGUUGAGGGCUGAGAAGAUCGAGUUGGCGAAGGAGGUGUGGGAGUGCAUUGUGAGCAAAGGCAUUCAGUUGAAUGUGUAUGCAUGGACAAUAUGGAUACAUGCAUUGUUCUCUAACAAGCAUGUCAAGGAGGCCUGCUCGUAUUGCUUGGACAUGAUGGAUGCUGGCCUUAUGCCGCAACCGGAUACUUUUGCAAAGCUUAUGAAAGGGUUGAAGAAGCUGUACAAUAGGCAGAUUGCGGCGGAGAUAACAGAGAAGGUCAGGAAGAUGGCUGCGGAGAGGAAUGUCACGUUCAAGAUGUAUAAGCGACGGGGAGUCAUGGACUUGGAGAAGAAGAAAGCUAGGGCGAAAGCCAAGGCGAAAAAGGAUAAGGGAAAGAGAAGAGCUUGGAAAGGCCAGCCUGCAAACAGUGGUGGUGGACGUGGUCAUGGCCGAGCCAAUCUGUUAGAUAUUUACAGUGAGGAUGAUGUACCUCAUAUGCACAACUCGCAUUGUAACAACCAACAACUCCGGAGUUCAUCUUCUGUUGUUGAAUUCAAACGAUAAAUUUAUCUGUGAUUCUUGCAUGACUGGUAAUUUAUAAUUGCAGAUGAGCUUGUGUCGAUUUAGAACAUGAACAGUAAAGCACUGCACUGCGACCAAAACAAAGAUGAUGAAAUGAAAUAAUGAUCAUCAUCAAGUUCUACAGGAAUCUCCAUGGAAAGAAAAUCCUGACGGCAGAAUGUCACAAUGUAGUUAAGAAUAUACAAGAAAAAAUGGCUUUGUUUAUAAUGUAUAUUGUAUCGCAUUAGGACCUCCUAAAUGACCAACACUCAUCUUGAA